AUGGAAUGCCCCGAACAUUUCUACUACACAUCCCCCGGAUUCCCAACCGCAGUAAUCCACGAGCGAUUACAAUUCCGCAUCGGCCAAGAGCCUGAAUUCAUCUCAACCCUAGCUCUCCUCUUCGACCUUCUCAGCAUCCCAUACGUCCUCGUCGGAGCAGCCAGCAAGAAAAUAUUCGGUGAUGCCCGCAUCAUACAAAGUUUCCAGUUUCUCAUCGAGGAUGACUCUAUGGAUGACGCCCUUCACAUCCUACGCACAGCAGGGUUCCCCCAAAGAGCCAAAUCAGAAGCGGAUGUCGAUUAUGAGAUGCCAACUCAUUGUCCUCACGCAUUGGAGCCUGGCGAGUUCUUCUACGUGCCUGUGUCAGGGCCCGUUGCAGACGGUGCAUACGGCACUCAUCGACAUAUCUGCCUGUAUACAAGAAGAGAGUAUGUGCCGGCUCUCCCGCCUAUCGAUAUUAGGGAGCUGGAUAGCCGUUACUAUGUGUUUUCUGAUGAUGAGUUUCAGCUUCCGAGGGCGUAUUUUAGGCAUUCGACUGCUUGUAUUGAAGAUUCUCGGAUAUGUACCUGCCCGGGCCCGUUCCCGUUAUGGGAGGGUGGGCGGUACCCUAAGUCCCUUCAUCCGGUCAAGAUAAUGAGGCCGGAUGUGUGGGAGGUGUUGAGGCAGAGAAGAUAG